CUACAGAGCACUACUUAAAAAGGAACAGCUCCCCGCCCCAGCAUCCGCUCAUCCGUACACAUCCGCGGGUAUUCCGACUCCGUGGGAGUUUGCGCGACAACAAUUUGUAUUUGUUUACUUCCCGGUUCAGCCCUCUAGCCAGUAUUGCUUCGCUUCGCUCGCAAUAAAUCGGCCACUCACGCGGAGAUCUUUGCUGGAUAUAAAAAAUGGACUACUCUCUGCGCAGUGCCUUGAUGAUCAAAUUCCAACAGAGACUGCUAAAGGUCAAGCAUCUGUGUUGAUUCCACUGGCGAAUGCCAUGGGCGUACCAGGGAUCUUAUUAGAGGUACGAGGGAAAACAUUGAGAAGUCAUUCAGGAGAGGUGAGCUUCCCCGGAGGACGCGUAGACGCCACCGAUCCAUCCUACCUGGAUGCUGCGUUACGGGAGACACACGAAGAACUCGGCAUCGGAGCACAGAAUAUAGAAAUAUUGGGACAAAUUGGACCUCCUGAAGUGAAUUUACGAGGAAAUAUGGUAGUUCACCCUUUUGUGGUGCGCAGUUUGUCUAUUACUCGCGCAUUUCACGCUACAGAAUCGAUGUCCCUCCCAAGGGUUUUGUGCACGCUGGUCCAUCACGCUUCGAUCAUAAUAUGGCAGACGUAGACGAUGAACCUCUCCCCUCCUGUGAUUUGGAUGUUAUUAGAAGGAGUGUAUCUCAAACUGAAGUUGGCGCCGUCUUUCACCUCCCUUUUUCAGCUUUGACUUCCCCUGCCCGUCUGCGUGCAUCUCUGUUUCGAGGAAAUAGACCAUAUUGGGCUAUCGGAGUCCAGGACCUUGUACCCAAUGGAAUGCCAAAUCCGGCGCUUAUCGAAGAUCUUCCAAAGCAGCAGGAAAGUCACAGUUUGGAUGACUCUGAAAUUGGAGUAGGAAAAUAUGGCAAUCUGGAAGUAUGGGGCUUAACAGGAUGGUAUUUGUA